AUGGGUGCAAGAACUCUGCGAUUGCCUAUCAUUACUGACAUCAAACACAAAGGGAUGCAUUUUAUUAUUAUGGAUUCUCCUUCGAAAACGAAUGUGCCUUAUUUUGUGGAGGAAUGUUCGAAGCUUAACGUAUCUGAUGUCGUUCGUGUAUGUGAAGAUCGUUACCCUGUGGAGCCUUUUGAAAAUGCUGGGAUAUGUGUACAUCAUUGGGAAUUCAGUGAUGGUUCGCCUCCACCAGAGAAUAUUCUCACAGAAUGGUUCACUCUCCUCCGAAAUCGAUUCUAUGGGGAAAAUAAUAGCACUCAUGAUGAUCAAAACCACCUGGUACCUGGGCCAAUCGCUGUUCAUUGUAUAGCUGGAUAUGGAAGUUUUUAUACAUAUAUUUUUGUGUUUGCGGCUUUUCGCAAAAGAACAGGCGUCAAACAACUUACAUUUUCCCUGAUAUUCAUUUUCCUGCACAUGAUGACAAGUCUUUUUAUCAAUCAUUAGCAAAACCGCUUCUAACCUAAACUUACUUGAAUUGUUAUUUAUUCAACCGUUGAUAUGGUUUGUGAUAAAAGCGACUCAUCUAACAACGCUUCGAACUAUAAUACGAAAGCUUCCCUUCUCCCCAAAACGUCUACUACUCCAAAACACAUCUAGUAUAGACCUCCGAAAAAUCCAAAAUAUAUUAAGUUCACUCAACUACAUACCGAUUCAAUUCAGUGAUUGAUAUUUACGAAAAUUAUUAAACUAAACAACUGUCACUUGGACACGAAAUCAGAGAGAGUUAAUUAAUGUGAUAAAACCCAGUGAAAAUUAACUAGGUUAAGAUCACAUUCAAAACCAGUGAAAAUCUCACUCAAUUUUUCUAUAAUAAAUUAAAUUUGGGGAGUUUUGUUCCUCUGCAUAUCAAAUACUUAUAAAUCAUUUGAUUGACUUUUUUCCCAAGGCUUUUUAUCUUGCUCUAAUCUCAGUCAAUAACUUAUUGCUUUUGGGUUUAUUAAGUUCUUUAGACAUCUUAUUCGUUUUCUUUCAACUUGUUAUAGUGGACAAAUAUUGUUGCAGCAACCACGUGAAUAUUUAUGUAAUAGGAUGUCAG